GCCAACUGGAAUCAAAUCCCAAUUGUCAGUGCCACUCCUACCACAAAAGCAAAAACAAGAAGAGAAAAACUUCAGAGAAAAAUACAGAGAAACACCCCCCCUUGAGGAGGCCGACCCAAUAAUUCCUACUCUUUCCUCUCCUGAAAGUCCUGCAAAAACCAAACGCCUCCCAUGGAAGACAACAGAUCAAGGCCGUAUGGAGACGGGACGAUGCAGAUGGAGAGCUACUACGGCCCGCCACCACCUAGACCGCCCGUUUCCUAUGACCUUAGGUCCUACAGUGCUUCCUAUGCACAAACCCAGAUGGGCAACAACAGGGAGUUGAAGCUCAAGAAGGGGAAGAGCGCUUCUGGGUCGUCUUCAAAUUCUUGGGUUUUUGGUGACCCUGAAUUCCAGAGGAAGAAGAGGGUUGCUAGCUAUAAGAUGUACUCUGUGGAAGGCAAAGUGAAGGGGUCCUUGCGGAGAAGCUUCAGGUGGCUUAAAGUUAAGUACACCCAGGUGGUUUAUGGCUGGUGGUGAUUCUGUGGGUAUAAAAGGUUUCUUCUAGUAUCUCAAAUUUUGUGUUAUCAACGGAAUGUCUAAAGUUGUGGGUUGUGAUUAGGAAGUCAUAUUUUGCAUUGUUCAAUAGAACAAAUGGUAAAUAUCAUGAUAUGAUCCUGGAGAUGUUCUCUCUGGCAUCAAUUUGUUUGUUAAGACGUUUGUGAUUGUUGGUGCUGGUGUUAUCAAAAGUUGUUUAUGUCCUAAUGAGAUAAAAGGAUAUUGAUAAGCCACCUUUGUGGACUUCUAUGUUCUUUAUUUUUUGGCACUUUAGAAUAUAAUGACGGCGUUUUAUUUC